AUGGCUUCGGCUAAAGCCCUAGGGGACCAUCAUUCCAUUCUUUUAGCUGAAGCCAUGGGUUUGUAUGAAGGUAUCAAAGGAGCUAAGUCUCUGAGUAUUUCUAAUCUAAUCAUUGAAGGCUCAUUGCUGCUUUGCUUUGAUUCUGUUAGUAUUCGGCAUUGUUUUCGGGAGGCCAACCGUGCUGCUGAUUUCAUGGCGCACAAGGGUCAUUGCUUCAAGAAUGUGCUGAUGUGGUCCCCCCCGUAUUGUAUUGACUUCUCCCUUCUCAUCCGCAAGGAUGUUUUAGGUUGGCCUCCUCAUUAG